UCAAAUUGCACCAUAGAAACGCCAAACACCAUACCACCGCCGUGUUCGGUGCUCUAACGUUGCUACACAGAGCCUGCAAUGACUAACACAAGGAAAAAUAUCACCGAGCACCAAGCUGCUUCAUUCAUCUUAACACCCAAAACUCCCGCCGGUUAUUAACCGACGUUACGUGCUUACGUCGUGUGACGUCACCCGCUGCUUGUACUGCUCUUUGGAAGCUGGUUGAAGGUCUAUUCUGUAUGGCUUUUUAGCGCUCUCAGCUUGACUGGUCGUUAGGUUGCUGCGCUGUCAGUGUAUGAAUGGUACUUGCAGUAGUCAGAAAGGGCCUUUCUCGCUCUAAGUUCAGGCUGAUGGACUUGACAUCAUGGGUGAUCAUUCCUUUCCUUAUUGGCAGUAUUGGAAUCUAUAGUCUGUUCAAAGUCUUACAGAAGUUACGUAGCAGUGCUUAUGUCCAAGAUGCCGUGGUCGUUAUCACAGGUGCCACCUCUGGCCUGGGCAAAGAAUGUGCGAAAGUAUUUUACAAGGCUGGUGCUCAGCUUGUUUUAUGUGGACGUAGUGAAGAAAGACUUAAGGACCUAAUAAAUGAACUGAGUCGAAUGCCAAAAGGUACCAUACAAGUGUAUAAACCACAUAUGGUAAUAUUUGACCUCUCAGAUGUAGAGGCUGUAACCAGCGCAGCCACGGAGAUUCUUCAGCUUGCGGGAAAGGUGGACAUCUUAAUUAAUAACGCAGGAAUUAGUUAUCGUGGCACCAUUCUGAACACAAAGAUUACUGUGGACAGGAUGAUUAUGGACACAAACUAUUUUGGGCCAGUGGCUUUAACUAAAGCUCUUCUUCCAUCAAUGAUCAACAAUAAAAGAGGACACAUUGUUGCCAUCAGCAGUAUUCAAGGAAAAAUAAGUAUCCCUUUUAGAUCUGCAUAUUCAGCUUCUAAGCAUGCAACACAAGCCUUUUUUGAUUGCUUGAGAGCGGAGAUGGUACCACAUGAGAUUGAUGUGACUGUGAUAAGCCCAGGAUAUAUUCAAACCCGCCUCUCACUAAAUGCGGUGACGGAAGAUGGGUCCAAAUAUGGAGUAAUGGAUAAAACCACAGCUGAAGGCAGAACACCAGAAGAGGUUGCACAGAUUGUGUUGCGUGCUGUAGGUGAAAGGAGUAAAGAAGUUCUGAUAGCUGGACUGGCGCCUACAUUAGCUGUAUACUUGAGGCCACUUGCUCCUAAGAUCUUCUUUUCUCUCAUGGCGGCAAGAGCUAAAAAGGAGCGCAAGCUGAAAGAGGCAUAAUGUGUUCAAGAGCCUCUGUUGGGAGCAAAGACGAAACAUUUAGAGUGACAUCAAAUCCAUCCUGAACUAUGAUGGACUAACAGUUACUAAAUUUAGCCGGCUUUCUGUGUCCUGAGUUGUACAGUAACAUACUGUAAUUUGUAAAUGUUAACUACAUUUUAUCUAAAUAAACUGGGGAAAAGGAUUG